AUGUUGAUCAGCAAUAUACAUAUGGAGAGGAGAAUGUCGUUGGCAGCUGGUGCGGCUACAACCAUAUUAAUAGUAGCUCUGAUGGCUCCAUCUUCAUGCUCAGCAGCUGAGCGGGACAACCACGGGUGCGGCCGAUACGCCAACGGGACAUGGGAAUUUUGCGACUCGGGCCGCUGUUGUAGUGUCGAACUCUACUGCGGCGACGGUGACGAUUACUGUGGCAAAGAUCGUUGUUGGUACCAAUGUCCUCUUCCUUCUGGUAAUUAUGGUCAUCAAAGUAAUUAUCAAGUAGCUGAAACUGGUGGAGCUGGAGUACUAGUAGCCACGCCCACACGGCUUGUUAACGCUACGCGCAAUAACCAAUAUUUGAAUUUGAAUCUCGGUGGUGGUGGUGGUGAUGAUCAUGAUGAGCUCGUCAAAGUGGUCGCCAACGACAAUGCUUCUUCUUCCUCGCCGCCGUGA